UCUGCUGCUCAGGUCUGCGGGGCCGUUCGUCGAGUUCGGGCGGCGGGGAGAUGCUGCUCGGCGCCGCCGCUUGAGCCGCGCUGCCAGGCAUGGGGUUGGGCUCGAGCUCCGAGCUCCCGGACGGCGGCGCCGAGGGCUUCCACGUACACGGGGUUCAGGAGAACUCCCCUGCUCAGCAAGGAGGGCUGGAGCCUUUCUUUGACUUCAUCGUUGCGAUAGGACACACCAGGCUGAAUAAAGAAAACAAUAUGUUGAAAGAUCUGCUGAAGGCAAAUGCUGAAAAAGCAGUGAAACUGGAGGUGUAUAACAUCAAAACAAUGAAGAUAAGAGAGGUGGAGGUGGUCCCCAGUAACAUGUGGGGAGGACAAGGUCUUCUCGGAGCCAGCGUGAGGUUCUGCAGUUUCCAGGGGGCCAAUGAACACGUGUGGCAUGUUUUGGAUGUUGAACCCGCAUCUCCUGCUGCUGUAGGUGGAUUGCAGCCAUACUCUGACUACAUUGUUGGAUCUGAUCAGAUUCUGCAGGAGUCAGAAGAUUUCUUCUCGCUGGUUGAGUCCCAUGAGGGAAAGCCGCUGAAGCUGAUGGUUUAUAACACUGAAGCAGACUCCAUUCGAGAGGUAGUUGUGACUCCCAAUGGAGCUUGGGGUGGAGAAGGAAGUUUGGGGUGUGGUAUUGGAUAUGGCUAUUUGCACAGGAUUCCAACACAGUCAAUAGCAUCAAAGAAAAAGCCAGAAAGCAAACCGCCUUCGCCCUUACCAGAAGCUGGAACUCCUGUACCAUCCACUAAUGGUUACACAGAGGCUGCAUUAUUAGCACCUACUUCUCAAAGUGACAACUCUGAAGUAGUUAUGAACCUGGAUCAAUCCACAGGCCAAGAAAUGAGUGGGUAUUCACCAGAAAGCUCACUUUCUCCUCCUCCCCCUCUCCAGAGGGUUAUGGAUCCAGGGUUUCUCGACAUGUCUGGUAUUUCACUUCCUGAGCUCACUGACUUAACAAACGUGUCCAGCAUUUCUUCCUCUGCCUCCUUCAGCAUGCCAGCAGCAGGCUCUUUUGUAGGCACUGAAAAGCUCAUGUCAAACAGUGACCCUUCUGCUUAUUUUGAGAACACCACAGCUUUGAGCCCUGAAGAUAUAGUGAAGAGUCCUGAAGGCUCUGCCAGGCAGCCAGAGUUGGACCACCUUCUGCCUACAGCAUCAUCUUUACCUUCUUUUACUCUUCCUAAUGAAAUUUCUUCAAAAACAGCACUAGAAACUGAUCCCCAAAACCAAGAAACAGUGCUCAUGAACAGUUUUGAGAGCUCUCAGCCCACUGCUCAGGUGAAACCUGAUGAUGAAGCAGUACCUGAACAGAAAGGUGACGAAGCUCCACAAAGGCAUGAGUGAAACAGAUGCUGCUUCUUUUUACACGUGAAAGUAUGCUGUAAAAUUAUUUUGGAAUAUUUUUAUGAUGUUGAUAGAAUUACAUCUGUUCUAUUUUGUUAGUGUAGACAACACUAUAAAAAAACAUAUCCAGGUGAACUACAUGUUGUAUUGUCUUCUGCAACCGCUGUUCAGCAGAUUGGUCUGCAUUCAAACUUUGAAUGCCAUCCAGAGUCACCAAGUGGAAGGCAAAAUUAAUGUGGAAACUAGUUGGAGAAUGGUCUUGAAUGGAAUCAAACGUCUGAGUUUCCUUAGUGACAAAGGAACAGCUUUUCCUCUGCUUUUCUAUUUGCUGUUUUCCUACAGAUCAUUAAGACACGGGGGUACAUCAUGGUGCAGCAGCAUUUAUUGCUUUUUGUAGCUUUAUUUUUUAUCUUGUUUGCACUUGUUUUCAAAUAGCUUCUGAAGGCCUGGUAGGUGGUGAAUAGUAAAUCUGAAAUGAACAAUGAACAACGUGAGGGUGUUUUUUAUACCUCUCAGGGCAGUGAUUUAUCACUAAAUUUUACUGCUUCUGAUUGGGAAUACCCUCAGUGUAGUUGGUACAGUUAAGGUGGUGAAAAUCCUCAACGAUUGAAGGGAACUGGGUACCUGUGGGUCAAAAUGUUCUUUAUAUUCCAUAGUCAUUGUUAGUUUUAAACACAGUUUUGAUGUAAAACAAGGCUGCCCAAGCAGUUCUAUGAUUCUAUGAUCUGAUUCUAUGAAGUCGGGAGGGGAUCAGAAUACUUUCUUCCUGCUUAGAAGACAAAUAGAUUACGCCUUAAGUAGAGGUUGCAGAAUUAAAAGACUUGAAAUCCAGUCUGCUGGAUGGCCUGCUAAUACUGAUCUUUCUACUGCUGCUAAAAUAAAUUUCUUCUUUUAUUCCCUUAAUUGACUGCUAGAGGAGUAAACAUCCAAACAAACACUAAAGGUUUAUAAUAAUGUAAUUUAAGCUAGAGGUAAUUUCCUAAGCCUCAAAAGUGAAGGCACGCAGGUGAUCUGUUAUUUCUUACUGUUUGUUUAGGACUGCUUCCAGCAUUGCACCUUUACCAAUGUUGUUUUUAAGCUUAUAGCAAUACAUUUAGGUGAUGCUGUACCCUAAGCACAUUUUCGAACCUUCAGUGGAGGAAGUGUCAAAACUGAAUUGGAAAUGCUAUAGGAAUAAAGAGCUUGAUGCUUACAGCA